AUGCCCAGUUCCCGAGAUAAAUGCACAAGUAGCUCUGGGAAGGUGAGGGAGAACGUGGGCCCGUUGCUGAGUAAGGCUGGAGCCCUGGUGGCAAAGGACGCCGAAGAGGCAGAGGUGCCCAGUGCCGCCUUCUCCCCAGUCUUUGCUGAUCAGACCAGCUUUCAGCAAUGCCAAGGCCCUCGUAGCACCACAAGGAAGGUCUGGAGCAAUGACAGCUUGCCCUUGGUGAAACGGGACCGUGAUAGGGAAUGCAUAAACAGAUUGAACGGACACAAGCUCGCCGGCCUUGGUGGGAUGUACAAACAGCGGCCAAGGAAACUGGCUGAUGUCAUUGCAAAACCACGCGAGAAGAGAACUGAGUUAUAAUACAGUAAGAAAAACAAGAUGAUGGAUUCAAAAGGCUGUGCCCCAGUGAAUUCAAAGCAAGAUAUAAGUCAUCACAUAAAGGCUACAUCUGGUAAACAUUAUCUUUGUGGCUAUUGUGCUGCCUUCACAAACAUAGCAGUCACUUUUCCCAUCCAGAAGGUCCUUUUUCGGCAGCAGCUGUAUGGCUUGAAAACAAAGGAUGCAGUACAUCAGCUACAGAAAGAUGGGAUUCGAAAUCUCUACCGUGGCAUCCUUCCUCCCUUAAUGCAGAAGACGACGACUCUGGCUCUCAUGUUUGGGCUGUACGAGGAUUUCUCUUCGUUGCUGCACAGCCACACGAGCGCUCCCGAGCUCUUCACGCGUAGCGUAGCAGCGGUGCUCGCAGGGACCACCGAAGCUCUCCUUACCCCUUUUGAGAGAGUACAAACUUUGCUCCAGGACUACAAAUACCAUGAUAAAUUUACAAACACUUACCAGGCUUUCAAGAUGCUGAAAAACUAUGGCAUGAGGGAAUAUUAUCGGGGUUUGGUACCUAUUCUGCUCCGAAAUGGACCCAGUAACGCGCUCUUCUUUGGCCUACGUGGACCCAUCAAACAGUGUCUGCCUGAAGCAACCUCUUACAGCGCUCACUUGGUGAAUGACUUCAUCUGCGGAGGGUUGUUGGGUGCCGUGCUGGGAUUCUUGUUUUUUCCAAUGAAUGUUGUAAAAGCCCGUAUGCAGUCUCAGAUUGGUGGAGAAUUUCAGUCUUUCUCAAAAGUCUUUGUAAAGAUCUGGCUAGAACGUGACAGAAAACUGAUCCAUCUUUUCAGAGGAGCCCAUCUGAAUUACCACCGCUCAGUCCUGUCUUGGGGCAUAAUCAAUGCAACUUAUGAAUUCCUGCUAAAGCUGUUAUAA